AUGAGUUUUGUUGCAGCAUUGAACUGUACCAGCCCAACUCCUGAAUCUCUGUUUAAUGCCCUUGAGAAGGAAUUAUUUCCUAAAAGACUACUGCGACCUGUAAAAAGGUUUUCAGAUACACUUAACGUAACCAUCAAUAUUGCUGUGGUGGGAAUUUUAGGAGUGAAUGAAAAGACCCAGUCAAUGACAACAUUCAUAUGGCAAAUCUUGGAGUGGGAUAUAGAAGGACUGAGCUGGGAUGAGAAGGAAUGUGGAACUAAAAGAAUCUCUGUUCCCCGGGAAAAGCUUUGGGUCCCAGAUGUCCACAUCUCAGAAUUCAUGGACGAGGACAAAUCUCCGGAAACUCCCUAUGUCUACUUAUACAACACAGGUCGUGUUUUUGAUGACAAGCCAAUAAGAGUGAUCAGUUCCUGCAGAUUAGAAAUCUACACUUUCCCCUUUGAUUUUCAAAACUGCUCUCUGACCUUUGGAUCAUACCUACACUUUGCUGCAGACAUAAGGAUGAUUCAAGGUUACGCAGCUGCAGCAAUUCUUACGGGGUCCAGAAAAGUGAUCCAUACCAAAGGAGAGUGGGAGCUUGCAGAUAUCAAAAUAACUCCAUCUACCCUGGAGAUAACUGAAGGAAACUACUCCGACAUCACAUUCUAUAUAAUAUUGAGACGCAGGCCACUCACCUAUGUGGUGAACCUACUGAUCCCAAGCUGCUUCCUUAUCACACUGGACCUCUUCAGCUUCCUGCUGCCUCCUGCAAGUGUGGACCGAUCCGCAUUCAAGAUGACCUUAAUCCUGGGCUACACUGUCUUCCUGCUCAUCAUGAACGACCUGUUGCCUAUCACUGGGGAGACAAUACCUCUCAUGAAUGUUCUAUUCUCUCUCAGUCUCGCUCUGAUGGUGGCCAGCCUGUUGGAGACAGUGUUUAUUACUAAUAUCCAGUUCAGCUCCAGCCAGUACAGUGCGGUGCCUCACUGGCUCAGUGUCCUUGUGUUACGAUAUCUAUCUGUUGUCGUUUGCCUCCCUUCAACAAAGAACAACUGCAUCAAAAUCACCAUUCCACCACCUGCUACAGACCCAACAGUGAAUACAAGUAUGAUUUCUUCAAGAGCUCUUCAGAGCAUCUCUGGUGAUACACCUCUAGAAAAAAACCCUCCAGAUAUGGCCCUGGAUGAACUGAGGAAACUGAGCAGAGAUCUCAUGGCCAUUCGCCUCCAGAUGGACAAACACUUCCAGGGGAGCAAAACCUCACAAGAAUGGCAAAUGAUCGGGGUAGUCAUCGACCGUCUGCUGUUCGGCUUGUACAUUAUCUUCAUCUCGGUCAGCUUUCUCACCAUCGUAUCUAUCUGGAUCUGGAAUCAUUCGUUGGAAGAUUGA